GCUCCUGAGCCGCAGCAGCUUCCGUGGGCAACAUGGCGGCAUCCCGCUUGCCUCCCGCAGCCCUGACGCUGAAGCAGUUCAUGAGAAGGCAGCAAGUUCUCCUCCUCUACAGAAAGAUUUUGCGAGCGAUUAGGCAAGUUCCAAGUGAUUCUGACCGAAAAUACCUUCAGGAUUGGGCCAGGGAAGAAUUUAAAAGAAACAAAAGUGCCACAGAAGAGGAUACAAUCCGAAUGAUGAUAACCCAAGGCAAUAUGCAGCUAAAGGAACUAGAAAGGACGCUUGCCUUAGCCAACUCGUAACUGGAAGAUUUUUCAUGUGUUUUGCACAGGCUCCGAGCCACUGUCAUAGAGCACCCAAAAAGGUGAUAAUCACUCUGAUCAAGAAUAUAAGUGAAGCGUGUUAAUAUUUCCACUACAGUCCGUGGCUGUAAUAAUUAAACGUGAACUAAUGUCAAGAUGAGAGGUUGGAAUCCUCAAUUGCUCAGAGGGAAGGUGAAAUGGCAGCCCCUUUGAAAAACAGACGACUAGUUAGCAAUUCUUAGAAAGGCAAUGAGGACAGGGCUGGUAAAGAUAGCUCCUCAUGAAGACUCUUGCUGCCAAGGACAGAAGUUUGGUCCCUGUGACACUCAUAUCGUGGAAAAAAAAAAAAAACCACUCCAGAAAGUUGCCCUCCGACCUCCACACAGGCACUGUGGCACACAAACCAAAAUGAGUGUAUGUUGUGAUGUGAUCACAAGCUGUUACAAAGUCAGAUGCAGGACUGGCAGUGUACUGCCCUAGAAAAGUGAUUCUCUUGCUGUGGGUCAUGACCCCUUUGGGGCCAAACAACUCUUUCACGGGGGUCUAGUAUUAGGUAUUUAUGAUUCAUAACAGCAAUAUUACAGUUAUGAAGUAACAAAAUUUUUACAGUUGUGGGUCACCAUAAAAUUAGAGCUGUAUUAAAGGGUCACAGCAUUAGGAAGGUUAAGAACUGGCUAGAAACAGCGCUAGAUCUUGCUUGAAUAACCUGCUUUGUCCUUCAGAGUUCUGAAGUGACUUUCUUCAGGUGUGACAUGGUUUGAUAACCAUAAGACUGAGGUCUCGCGGAGCUUUAGUGGAAAUAGCUAAGAACACCAAGAAGAGGGAGCACUGGGUGGGCAGUUCAGCUCCUGCACCUAACAUCCUCAUGAAAUGAUGAAUCAGAGCACUGACUGCUCUCCCAAAGGUCCAGAGUUCAAAUCCCGGCAACCACAUGGUGGCUCACAACCGUCUGUAAUGAGAUCUGGUGCCCUCUUCUGUUGUGUCUGAAGACAGUUACAGUGUACCUAUAAAUACAAUAAACAAAUCUUUAAAAAAAAAAAAAAAG